GCAGGCGCUACAGCCACAGAAGUAUCCCCAGGAACAUCCCCGGGAGGAGCUGGAAAAAGCCUCAUCUCCAGCUCCACGGUCUCCAGGAGUUGCUUCAUCUGUCAAGCUGGGAGCUUCAUGUCUGCUUGUCCCACCUCACUGUUGAUGUGAAGCUCAAAUGUAGCGGCAGGAAAUAAUAGAAACGAGCAGGGGGCAGCAGGGAAGCGCCUGUAAAAAGCCUAAAGCACCAUAGGGAGAGGUGACCACGUUCUCUGGUGAGUCUGAAGGCAGGAAUGUUUGUGCAGCCAACGCUGGAGUGUUUACUCCAUGCCAGACACGGGGUGACUAGCAUGAGGGGGGAUUCCAAGAAGUGUCAGAGUUCCUCCCUUCUGGUAGUUUCCAGGGUUAGUAAAUACUGAGUAAAUACUUGAAUACACUUGAAAUGGUAUCUAGAAGCGCAAGAUUGAAAUGAUGUAGGACAGACAAGGAAAUAGAAGAAUAGGCCAGAUUCGAGGGCUCUAGGAGUUCAGAGGGACGAGCUCCUCUCAGGCCUGGAGAGGAGGGGUCGGCCAGGGAGGAACUGGGGCAGGAUGAAUUGAUCUCCAGAAGUGACACUGCUUUUCCACCCUCAGCAGAGGAGGAACCCAUGCUGGAACGUCGCUGCAAGGGCCCCCUGGCCAUGGGCCCGGCCCAGCCCAAGGUCUCUGGGCCCUCCCAGAAGUUGCCCCAGACCCUGGAGAAGGAGCCCCAAGGGCUGAGGUUACAAGGCACUUCCGUGGCCCAGUCGGGCAGCCAAGCCCCCAGUAGGGCCCAUCGCUGUGCCCACUGUCGAAGGCAUUUCCCGGGCUGGGUGGCCCUGUGGCUUCACACCCGGCACUGCCAGGCCCGGCUGCCCCUGCCCUGUCCUGAAUGCGGCCGUCGCUUCCGACACGCCCCCUUCUUGGCGCUGCACUGCCAGGUCCAUGCCGCUGCCACCCCAGAUCUGGGCUUUGCCUGCCACCUCUGCAGGCAGACCUUCCGAGGCUGGGUUCCCCUGGUUCUGCAUCUACGGGCCCACUCGGCUGCAAAGCGGCCCAUCGCCUGUCCUGAAUGUGAGAGACGCUUCUGGCGACGAAAGCAGCUUCGAGCUCAUGUGCGGAGGUGCCACCCCCCGGCCCCGGAGGCCCGGCCCUUUAUAUGUGGCAACUGUGGCCGGAGCUUUGCCCAGUGGGACCAGCUAGUCGCUCACAAGCGGGUUCACGUAGCCGAGGCCCUGGAGGAGGCAGCAGCCAAGGCUCUCGGGCCUCGGCCUAGGGGCCGCCCGGCGGUGACCGCCCCCCGGCCUGGUGGAGACGCGGUCGACCGCCCGUUCCAGUGUGCCUGCUGCGGCAAGCGCUUUCGGCACAAGCCCAACUUGAUCGCCCACCGCCGUGUGCACACGGGCGAGCGGCCCCACCAGUGCCCCGAAUGCGGGAAGCGCUUCACCAAUAAGCCCUACCUGACCUCACACCGGCGCAUCCACACCGGCGAGAAGCCCUACCCAUGCACGGAGUGCGGGCGCCGCUUCCGCCACAAACCCAACCUGCUGUCCCACAGCAAGAUCCACAAGCGGUCCGAAGGGUCUGCACAGGGCGUCCCCGGCUCGGGGAGCCCCCAGCUUCCGGCCGGCUCCCUGGAGGCCUCGUCCGAGCCCCGCGCCGAGGCCCCGCUGAAACCUGCCCGGGAGCGGGCGCCCGAGCCUCCGCUGGAGGCCCCGGGAGCGCCCCCGCCCGAGCCGGCGGCCGCGCCCCCCUCCCUCUUCAGCUGCGAGGACUGUGGCCGGAGCUUCCGGCUGGAGCGCUUCCUGCGGGCCCACCAGCGGCAGCACACGGGGGAGCGGCCCUUCACCUGCGCCGAGUGCGGGAAGAACUUCGGCAAGAAGACCCACCUGGUGGCGCACUCCCGGGUGCACUCGGGCGAGCGGCCCUUUGCCUGCGAGGAGUGUGGGCGCCGCUUCUCCCAGGGCAGCCACCUGGCGGCCCACCGGCGCGACCACGCCCCCGAGCGGCCCUUCGUCUGCCCGGACUGCGGCAAGGCUUUCCGCCACAAGCCCUACCUGGCGGCCCAUCGGCGCAUCCACACCGGCGAGAAGCCCUACGUCUGCCCAGACUGCGGCAAAGCCUUCAGCCAGAAGUCCAACCUGGUGUCCCAUCGGCGCAUCCACACGGGCGAGCGCCCCUAUGCCUGCCCCGACUGCGACCGGAGCUUCAGCCAGAAGUCCAAUCUCAUCACCCACCGGAAGAGCCACAUCCGGGACGGCGCCUUCUGCUGCGCCAUCUGUGGCCAGACCUUUGACGACGAGGAGAAGCUCCUGGCCCAUCAGAAGAAGCAUGACGUCUGAGCGGGCAGGGGCUGCGGAGGCCGAGGGGGCAGGGCUAGGCGUCAUUUACACGAGAGUGUUGCUGUGGGCCUAGGCUGUGGGGGGCCCGUGUUGCUGCUGGUGUAGGCAAGGGAUGGGAGAGCGGCCGGGGAGCUGGGCCCUGUUAGGGAGGGAGGUCCGGCCCCGGGCGCCAGGGAAACCACUCGCAGAGCAUGGGACUCUGGCCUCCAGCUGGUGUUUGCUAAGGUUCUGCCCCGACUGCCCUGGGCCCCGGAAAAGUAGCAAUAGCAGCUCCACCUACCCCUUAGAGCCCUCCUGCUGGAGGGGCCACCAGGGGCCAGGAAGACCCUUCCCCUCUGGUGUUAACGCCUUAAUGUCCCUGUCUUUUAUUAUGAGUUUCUUCAGCUCAGUUUUUGGAAGUAGGUGUGGUACAGUCCUUAGUAAAUGAGCACUUGGGAGGAAAAGUGGACCAGCUGGAUACACCUGGGAGAACCUGCUGGCCUUGUUAGCGCGCGCCUGGGCCUUUUCCAGCACCGGGAGGUGAGGCCGCGCUGCUCUAACCUGUCCUACCCCGUCCCCUUCCUCCUGCCCCUGCGUAGGCGCCGGGACUCAGGCCCAUCUACUGUCAGCGCUCAGCCCCACUCCCCCUCCCCGAGAUCAAUGCACCACCCUCCCAGCGCUUAGAGCAUCCCCUGGCUGUCAGCAGCCCCGUGUCCAGGCUUUUGUCUGAACACCCCAACCCUCCACUCAUUCCAGAACUCAGCAUGGUGGAAAGGACUGCCCCACUGAUCAUGGAGGGUCGGCUGACAGGCAGAAAGGGGCGAGUUUCCUCUUCUACAUUUCUAGGUUAUGGAUGCCCAGCCUCUGCUUGAACACUUAGGUGACAGGGAGUCUCCCCACCUCCUGAGGCCCUGGUUCUAUUGUAGGAUAAUUCUAAUUGUUAGAAAUUCUUCCUUAUGAUGAAUGGAAUCUGCUUUCCUGUGAUUUCUACCUAUUGGGCCUUGUUCUAUUCUCUGGAAUGAAACAGAACAACCACUUACCCUCCUUUUCAAACUAGAGAAUAAAGAUUUGGUUUUAGAGCU